AAUCGUCAAGAACAAAAUGGAAUUAAACAGAAGGUUCCAAACUGAGUACCUGAUAAACAAUAUACUUGAUCAAGAUUUCCAAGCUAUGUUAUUUCCUCUAAACUUUGUACAGUCUUGCUUUUUAAUGCCUAGGUUCAGCAUCAUUAACAAUUUCAUCACUCCCGACAACCAUGCGUCUUUUUACAUAAAGUCCAUAAUUGGUUGUCUUAUUCUCACGUUGAGCCACGUCUUUCGUUUUAUAUUUUAUAAUGAAAUUACUAAGAGUGUUAGUACUGGUGUUGUUGAUUUUUUGCUUUAUUUUGAUUUUACAUAUUUUUCUUUUACAUCAGUUAUUAUCUAUAUCGUUAAUUCAUUCCAUAGAAGCUCUGUCGUUGAACUUAUUAUCAAAUUGCAACAUGUGCUCGACGUAAUAAGAAUUGACAAACAAGAAUUUCUUUGCAAACAUAAGAUCCAAAAUUGGCUUAGUAUAUCGUUGGUUCUUAUUAUCUACGUUUUUCACUGGCUUUCGGCUUGUAUUGAUUUUGGUAUUCUUGAUUUGCUAGUACAUUUUUGUUUGGUAAUACCAUUGAUGAUUUAUGAUAUACAAGUAGUUCAUGUUAUUCGAUCUGUUGUAAUGAUAAAAAACGAGUUGAUUGCUUGGAUUCAUAAAUUGGAAAAAAGUAAGGAAACACAUAUUAAACCUAAAGAAAAUAUAGUAAAUUUUGAGGUCUCAGAAAGCGAUAUGUUCAAUGCAUAUACUGAUAUAAUUAGAGCAUUUCGUUUAAGUAACAAAGUGUAUCAGUUUUCGGUAAGUUCAAGUAUUUAUGCCAUUAAAUUAAUAAGAGAAUAUAUGCGUAUAAUUAACAAAAUUAGACCAUGUAACAAAACAACGUACUAUUUUAAGCAGUACUGUACAGCACAGUACAGGUUCAAAAUUUAUUCUAUUAUAGCUCGCGAGUUAUCAACUUCUCGCCGUGUGCGGAAUAAAAAAGUAGAAUUUAGAAAAAUACUACAGUUCUUUUUUUCCGUUGAUUUUCCAGGCAUGCGCAAGACUUGCAAGAACGUGUUGCGGCUGAACCGCACGUCGCUGCGCAAGAUGUCGGCGUUCGGCGUGUUCGAUGUCGACGCAGCGUUCCCGCUUCGGCUGCUCAGCGGCCUCGUGCCCUACACCGUCGUGCUGCUGCAGUUUGCCUUCUUAUCGCCUUAGUAACGCUGCUCUAUCGGAAGCGGAUGUUUUAUUUCGAACACAAUAUUAUGAAUAGAAUUGCAUCUUUGAAUUUUAAAGCUUACUAAGGUGAUAUCUGGUUAAACUUGCACUGUAAUGUUUAAGCAUUUUAUAAAACGGUUUAACAGCCCGAUUCGAAGAAUGCGAUACGAUAACGAUA